CACAACGUUAUUAAUGUCAAACACAUUCAUACAAUUGAUUGCAUUAAACGUCUUUCACAUCCUUUUCCUGUUUGCUGAUUGUCUACCAAUAAGUCUUCUCAAGACAUCAAUCAAAUCAAUUUUGAUUUUAUUUAUUGGCCAUCAACUGAUCCAAACGACACACCCGAUAGACAUGCAGAACGACGUCGGAGAAACUGUUGAUCUGUAUAUCCCGAGAAAAUGUUCGGCCUCAAACCGUAUUAUUCACGCUAAAGAUCACGCGUCGAUUCAAAUCAAUUUGGCUGAAGUGGAUGAGACCACCGGUAUUGUGACAUCAAAUCAUACGGCUUAUGCCAUCUGCGGUGCACUCAGAAGAAUGGGUGAAUCUGACGAUUGUAUCAACAGAUUGGCUAAAAGAGACAACAUUUUACCGAAAAAUUUCUAAACUAAUACAACCAUUAUUUUUUGUGUAUGAAAAUUGAUGAUAAUAUUCAUUGAAUAAAAUUAAUUGAAA